CAUGUUCCAUAAUGCUUCGCUUCCAAGAUGACCAAAUACAGACGGACCCAGCGCUUUGACAGCUCGAAGUCCGGAUGAAAAGUUCCUGUCAAGUUUGCCGACAACGACCUUGAAGAACUUGGAUAAAAGCAAAUGCCUGACAAGAGAAGCAGCAGCUGUAGAGGCCAUUGGUUUUUGACUCGGGCUCACUCACUCUGUAGGAGAGACUGUCCUAGCAACUGUACCUGCGUCCAAUCAAUGCAAGGAUACUCCUAGCAGCACAGGAAGUAACUGUCAUUUACAACAACCAGCCCUGGUACCAGAUGUGCGAURAGCCUGCUGUUUCUCCCUGAUCCACCAGGGGGCCUCAGUCACUCACAGGGACCAGCCCUGAGUCCUCACCCUGAACACCCCGGCCCCAGUCAAGCUGUCCCACCCUCAUCCCUCUCCCUCUCCUCCUCAUCUCUUCUUCUGGACCUCACACUCCCCACUGGACCCCCUGUUGACCCUCUCCCUUUAUAGGGGGCAGGGGGAGGCGUCCGGCGGCCUCGAUGAGGAGACCCUGCCCCUUUAUGAGGGCCUUAAUAUGGAGUGCGACCUCCUGGAAAGAGUGGAUAGGGGAAGCCAUGAUCUGCGGGCGGACUGCAUGUUUGGCUACGACCACGACGACUGGCUCCACACCCCUCUGCUGCCCCCGGAGGUCGCCCUGGGACUCACACAUGACCAGAUAGAAGAGACGCUCAAGUACUUCUUGCUGUGUUCAGAGAGAGUGGGCCAGGUCACUAAGACGUACCAUGACAUCGAGGCUGUCACCCACCUACUGGAAGAGAAAGAGCGGGACCUCGAGUUGGCGGCRCGGAUCGGCCAAUCACUGCUCAAGCAGAAUCGGGAUCUAACGGCACGGAAUGAGUUAAUGGACGAACAGCUGGAGAUCGCUAAGGAAGAGAUAGCCCAGCUGCGACAUGAGCUCUCCAUGAGAGACGACCUGCUCCACUUGUACGCCAGCACAGAGGAGAUCGAGAAUGCCUCCGACUCACACGCACUAAUGAAGAGGAACGAGUCGUCCAACUCCCCAGCCAAUGAACUGACAUCAGAGACCGCUAACUAUGAGGAACAAGAGCAGGAGCUGAUGAUGGUGUGUGGGAGAACUCAACCGUCUGAUGAGUUGGCCCGUAAGGUGGAGGACACUCUCAGGCAGCAGGAGGAGAUCAGCUCCCUGCUCGCACAAAUAGUCGACCUGCAGGCACGCUGCAAAAGGCUCACCACUGACAACGAAGAGCUGACCCAGCACCUGAGUGCCUCGCGGGAGAGCCAAUCACAGCUCAAAUCAGAGCUAAACUACCUGCAGGACAAGUACUCAGAGUGUGAGGACAUGCUACGGGAGGCCAGAGAGGACAUUAAGAACCUGCGCAACAAGAGCCUGCCCAACAGCACGGUGCAGCGCUACAGCGCCCUAUCAGCCGUGUUCCCCAUGGACUCCCUGGCAGCKGAGAUAGAGGGCACCUUCCGCAAGGGCCUGGACGUCCCRGCKCCCURCGAGUACAAGAAUCACCCGUGGCGCGUGUUUGAGACGGUGAAGGUGGUGAACCAAGCGUCGAGGCUGCGGUCGCGGUGCCACUCCCCCGGCCAGGUGCCCGGCUCCAGCCCUGUGUCGCUGCGCUCCAGCCGUGCCUCCACCCCCCGUACCAGCUACUACGGCUCAGACAGCGCCAGCCUCACCUUGGAGGACAAAKCACCUAGUGCCGUAUCGAGGCUGGCAGAGGUGGCACACACUGAGGACAGCAGUGUAAGUGGCCCUAAGCGUCUGGGUAUGCCGGGCAUGCCUGGAGGCCAGGACCUUGAGGCCGCCCUCCGCUUUUUAUCUGACCGCCAGCAGAGCCAUGCCUCAGAGCGCCCCUUCUUUGAGGUGGAGCGCGAACGCAAACUCCGCGCCCUGGCCACCGCCUGCCAUCGGGGCAGCGAGGAGGUGGGCGAGCUGGGCUCCAGCGGGUUCCUUACGCCCAACGACAGCCUGGUGUCCAGCUCGGUGGCGUCGACAGGCACCAACUACUCCAAUGGCAGCUCGCUGCACUCCUCUGCCGGAUCGGGGGGCUCGCGCUCCUACCUACCUGACCGCCUGCAGAUUGUCAAGCCCCUGGAAGGCUCAGUGACACUGCACCACUGGCAGCAGCUGGCCAAGCCCAACCUGGGAGGUAUCCUGCACCCUCGCCCGGGGGUCCUCACCAAAGACUUCCGGGAGCUGGAGAUCGACUUCCAACACGUCUACAGCCUCAAUGACCUGGAGGAGGACGAGCCUGACCUAUUACAGCUCUCCCGUGGCCUGGCUGCCGGAGUCCACGGCACCAUGGUCACUCCUCCAUCCUCUGGCCCCAACCUACCCCAGACCCCUCCCACCCACACCAUCACCACCUGUCGGCGCCACCACCCAUCCCUCCUGCUCCCCUCCGUCUCCACCAGUCUUUGCUCUCGCAGCCUGUCCGCUCGUGGGAGCUGUGAGCAUCUGAGUACCACGUCGCCCUCCUCUUCCAAUCAGCAGCACUGUGUGCUGACCUUUGACCCUAGCCAGGGCAGUGGCCACCACUCCACCUCCACCCCAGCACCUCCUCUAUCACUGGGACUCCUGAAGCUGCUGGAGGAGCAGGGCAUCUCUGCCUCCACCCUCCCCUACCCUUACCACCAACUGACCCCACACACGCCCCACAACUGCAGCGGAAGAGCGGGGUGAAGGAACAUGCAUUAUGGAGGAAGAAGGGAGAAUGAACAUGCUCAGCUUCAACCUGGUAGAGAAGCUGAGGAGUCUGGGACUUCACAAGGUGGCAGCCCGAGGCGUGGUGGACUGAAGAGAGAACGAAGAGGAGAGAGAAGCAAUCCGACAAUACAGACAUCCACCUAGAGUCUGAGAAAGACUGGGAAAACUCCUUCUCCCCUUCCUCCUUAAUCGUCAUUGACUUCAAUCCAAAUGCUGGCGAUGCCAGUGUACCGCCAUUUUGUGUUUCGGGCCCACAGCAAUACAUUGUAAAAUGGAACGUCGGGAGAACCAUAGAGCCAUACGUUGAGUUUCUGUUACAUGUACAGUCACUCUUCUUUUUGUAAUGGACUCAUGUAUUGUGUAUAUACUAGGUCUCCACGAUAAUGUGUGACGUCAUGAUCAUUCUCAGGAGAAUCACCUGAUCACCGGUCCGGCUGGCUUGAACACGAGCAAGGUUUUUUUUAUUUUUAUUAAAUAAAAUACCUGUGUUUCGUGGGUGUCAGAUGGUUUUACACGUUUGUUUUUAUAGACCCCCCCGCUAUGCUUUUUUUAUAUAUAUUUUUUACCAUCAAAUACAAUCACAUGACCUUUUCAUUACUUUGGGAAAGAUUCAAGGUAUCGUUAUUUAAGAACCACCAAACUGACCAGAUUGUCAUCCACAGAUGCGCUGGAAUUCAGUAUGUCCUUUUGCAUAUUAGCUGCUAUUAGAAAAUGAAGCAUUUGUGGGUAUUUUAACCACAUUGACUUUACUGUGGUAAAACCACAAGCACUUCAAUCACUCCCCAUUACAGAAUGGUAGAGAGAUUGAUACACUGACUUUACUUCCUGAACGUUUGUGACAUUAUUGACAUUCACUGAGGUAUACUACUCUGCUCUUUACCCAAAAGUCCUCAUUUAGCACUCGCAGUACUGUCUGUUUACAUGGCAUCACCUGCUGCAAGUCAUUGUAAAAUAAUGCUUUACUUCGAUUAUUGCUGUCAAUUAUUGUAAACUUAUUUGGUCGAACCUCACCAAAGCAUUCAGGUAGUCUACCAUGCUGUAUCAAAGACAACAGAAAGUGACUGUUAAAGGUCUCGGCACUAGUCUAUGUGCUGGAUCUGUGUUAGCAGACCUUAAACUAAAGUGUUGUUGGUACAAAUGUAUUUCAUGUCAUCAGGAAUAAUGAUAAUAAUAGUAAUCAUGGACUGCAUGCUUUUUUUGGAUGCUCUUUCAGCUGUCUGGACAAUCAAUUGUAGAUAAAAGGCAUAGGAUUCUGCAGAUCAAAAGGGAAAAUUAUAGCAAAUUAUGACAAUUUGAAUUCAGAAGAAAAUGAACCAAACAGCACUACAUAUAUUUCAGAUUUUGAAAUUGACUACUCUUUGCUGAAUUCUAUGUUAUGAUCACUGAGAUGUAUGUCUGUAUAUAUUGUACCACAUGUAUAUUAAAAAGUACAUUGUAUUUCCAUCAGCCA